AACGUAUUCUGACAACUGCAAAGCAACAUGAAGUUCUUUCUGUUGCUGUCAGCCAUUGGGCUCUGCUGGGCUCAGUAUUCCCCCAAUACUCAAGUGGGGCGAACAUCUAUAGUCCACCUGUUUGAGUGGCGCUGGGCUGACAUAGCUCAGGAAUGUGAACGGUAUUUAGCCCCCAAUGGAUUUGGAGGAGUCCAGGUCUCUCCACCCAAUGAAAACAUUGUAGUUCACAACCCUUCAAGACCUUGGUGGGAAAGAUACCAACCCAUCAGCUAUAACAUCUGCACAAGAUCUGGGAAUGAAGAUGAAUUCAGAGACAUGGUGACUAGGUGCAACAAUGUUGGGGUCCAUAUUUACGUGGAUGCUGUAAUUAAUCACAUGUGCAGUGAAGCGGGGAGUUCAGGAACAAACAGCACUUGUGGAAGCUACUUCGAUGCUCAGAAUAGAGCUUUUCCUGCAGUGCCGUACUAUGGCUGGGAUUUCAAUGAUGUUAAAUGUAGAUCUGGAAGUGGAGGCAUUGAGAACUAUAAUGAUGCUGCCCAGGUCAGAGAUUGUCGUCUAGUUGGUCUUCUUGAUCUUGCACUUGAGAAAGAUUACGUUCGUACCAAGGUUGCAGACUACAUGAACCAUCUAAUUGACAUUGGAGUAGCAGGGUUCAGGCUUGAUGCGGCUAAGCACAUGUGGCCUGGAGACAUCAAGGUGGUACUGGAUAAACUGCAUCAUCUCAAUAUAACUUGGUUCCCUGAAGGAAGCAGGCCUUUCAUCUACCAAGAGGUCAUUGAUCUGGGAGGUGAGGCAAUUUCAAGUAGUGAGUACUUUGGAACCGGCCGUGUGACAGAAUUCAAGUAUGGGGCUAAGCUGGGUACAGUGAUCCGCAAGUGGAAUGGCGAGAAGAUGGCUUACUUAAAGAACUGGGGAGAAGGCUGGGGCUUCAUGCCCUCUGACAGAGCCCUGGUCUUUGUGGAUAACCAUGACAAUCAGCGAGGACACGGGGCUGGAGGAGCAUCCAUCCUUACAUUCUGGGAUGCCAGGAUGUACAAAAUGGCUGUUGGAUUCAUGCUUGCUCAUCCGUAUGGCUUUACACGAGUAAUGUCCAGCUAUCAUUGGCCAAGAUACUUUGAAAAUGGAAAAGAUGUCAAUGACUGGGUUGGACCUCCCAACAAUAAUGAAAUGAUUAAAGAAGUCACUAUUAAUCCUGACACCACCUGUGGCAAUGGCUGGGUCUGUGAACAUCGCUGGCGUCAAAUCAGGAAUAUGGUUGCCUUUCGAAAUGUAGUUGAUGGCCAGCCUUUUACCAACUGGUGGGAUAAUGGAAGCAACCAAGUAGCCUUUGGAAGAGGAAACAGAGGAUUCAUUGUCUUUAACAAUGAUAACUGGUCAUUAUCAUCAACUUUGCAAACUGGUCUUUCAAGUGGAACUUACUGUGAUGUUAUCUCUGGAGAUAAAGUGGAGGGCGAUUGCACAGGAAUCAAAAUCUCUGUUUCCAGUGAUGGUAGAGCUCACUUUUCCAUUAGCAACUUUGCAGAAGACCCAUUUAUUGCUAUUCAUACUGAAGCUAAAUUAUAAGAUGCAAAUUAAGUAUAUAUAUAUAUAUAUGUAAACAGUGUAUUAACAAAUGUUUCUUUUA